AGUCAAUAUCACAGUUAUUAUCAGGUUGAGGAAGACAGCGUCAAGCAGCAAGCAGGAGUUGAAGGAGAUCUUACGGCUCGCAAUUCUUCUUCGUAUACCCAGGAGCACGAAUUGCUUUUGUUUCACGUGUAUUAGCGGAGUGAAGAUCUUAGCAACUAUUGUGCGCGUGACAGGCUGGAUAUAUCUCACAGGAAGUUUUUUGCUGCUUUUAGUAACUAUGGAGCCACCUACUAACAGAGAAGAGGAUGAGGGAUGUGUGGUGGCCGCCAAUUUACGGAAUGCUGGCGGUAAUGAGGAUAUCAAUCGCCCUAUGGCUGGUGGCUUUGUGGAGCUCCUCUUGGGUGUGAACGUCCUGGAACGAGAAGACGGAGACGAUAUUGCGGUUGACAAUGAGUCCUCUGACGAGGAAAUGCCAUGGGAAUACGAGGCACAACUUCUGGAAUCUGCUAACAAGAUCCUUCGUCAGAUACCAGCUAACAGCAUUGACGUGUGGGUGUUAUUUCGACGCCGUCAUCGAUAUCGUCGAUUGCGGUUGUUGGACAGAGUGGUUGCCUGCACGUUAGCCAUACAAAUACGACAAGCAGAGAAGGAGUCGCUUCGCAUUCGCAUACCUAGCGUUCGCUUUAACAUCAACAGACUAUCGGAGAAGGACUGUGUCGACCACUUUCGAUUCCGCAAACCCCAGCUGUGCUACAUGCUGAUGAAGCUGAAGUUACCACCUUUUUUCUCGACGAAGGAACGUUAUCGGGUGUCCGGAAUUGAAGCGUUGUGUAUAACGCUCGAGAGACUUAGCUAUCCAUCUCGGUGGCGAGAUCUUGUGGUGAAGUACGGUCGCUCUGAUAGCAACUUAAGCUCUAUUUUCUACUAUAUCUGCGAGCACAUUUCUACGCGUUGUGCACCGCUUCUUAGUGGUGACUGGGGUCGAAUUAGCGCUCGACUGGAAGACUUUACUGCCGCCAUUCGUGCUAACGGGGCGGCUCUCUUUAAUGUAUGGGGUUUUAUUGACGGUACCCUCCGACGUACUUGCCGCCCGAGUGACGGUCUUGAGCAGAGAGCUUUAUUUAGCGGUCACAAGCGCUGUCACGGUAUCAAGUAUCAAGCUGUCACUACACCUGAUGGAAUCAUCUCACUUUUGUUCGGCCCCGUUGAGGGGCGCCUGCACGACUUGACGUUGCUUGACGCCUCGGAACUCGAGGAAUCCAUUCGUGCAGACUCUCGAUUUAAGGGUUAUCUACUUUACGGUGACCCAGCGUACGGCAUGACAGAGGUGUUUGCUUCUCCGUUCGACAGGAUCGGUGCUACUAAAGAAGAGGCUGCAGUAAAUGCCUCCAUGAGCAGGGUUAGAAUCAGCGUGGAGUGGGGAUUUGGCUCUAUUAUCAACGACUGGGCGAUGGUCGACUUCAAACCCAAACUGACCAUCGGUAGCGUACCGGUUGGAAUGCUGUUUGAGGUGUCAACAAUAUUCACCAACUGCAUCACUAUUGCAAACCGCCAAAAUGUCAUCAGCAGCUAUUUCGACGUCGUACCUCCAAGCUUUGACAAGUACUUUGAAUGCCUGGCAUGAGUUGACGUAGAGCUCAAGCAGUGACGUUUACGUUUAAAAGAAAGCUUUUAUAUUUUCCUUGAUGUGAAGUUAUAGCACUUUGAGUUGUAAUCAAAACUUGGUAGGAGCUGCAAUAGAGUUACUCGAUGCUUGCAGCU